AUGGGCGCCACAACCCUCCACUCCAGACACUCCGUCGCCCAGCGCAUCCUCGCAGGCGAAUCCCUCAUCGUAUACCGCGGUUACCUCCUUGCAAUCCCCCACAAAUGGCUCCAGGCCCAUCCUGGUGGCGACCUCGCAAUCCUCCACUUCAUUGGCCGAGAUGCGACAGACGAAAUCGAGGCGAACCACACGGAGGACACACUCAAGCUCAUUCCCCGCUACUCUAUCGGGAGAGUCGAGCUUACUGACGGCGUAUGGGAGCCAUUCAUUCCCCCCAUUGCAACCGGUUGGGUUCGCAGACCGGGGGCGUCAGGCAAGCUCGAGUGGUACAGGGAAGCUGCGGAGGCCGUUUCCACCGAGGACACAAAGUUCAAACCCUCCUCAUCUAUCCUCCUAGUCAGCAAGGACGAAAAUUCUUAUGAAGCUUCUGGUCCAUCUCUCGAAUCCCUAAAGCACCCUCCCUCGUCUCUCUCCCUAAAAACCCAGGCUGAGCAUUCCAAAGCCUGGCGCGAGCUGCACCAACGCGUCAUCGAUGCAGGCCUCUACAAGACGCGCUACAUCACAGGCUACGGCCCCGAAGUCGUCCGCUACACUCUCCUCGCCUCCCUCUCCGCGUAUGCCUAUGCCCACAACUGGCUCAUCCCCAGUGCAGUCUUUCUGGGGCUGUUCUGGCACCAGCUAGUCUUCACUGCCCACGAUCUAGGCCAUAUGGGCGUCACACAUAACUGGGCCGUAGACCGCAUAAUCGCGACCGUUAUCGCGGAUUUUAUAGGUGGCCUGAGUAUCGGCUGGUGGGUACAGAAUCACAAUGUUCACCAUCUCGUUACGAACCACCCUUCCCAUGACCCCGACAUCGAGCACCUCCCCUUCUUCGCCAUCUCCCCCGUCUUUCUCGAAUCCCUCUGGUCCUCCUACUACAAACGCACCAUGAAAUUCGACGCCUUCGCCAAGUUCUUCCUCUCCCUCCAGCACAAGCUCUUCUACGUCGUCAUGGCCUUUGCCCGCUUCAACCUCUACGCCAACUCGUAUACUUACCUAUAUAAGAAGGCAUUCGACACCAGGCGCGCGAGGGGCGGCAGCUGGGCGUGGCGCCUCGAGAUUGCGGGUAUCGUGUUCUUCUGGGCGUGGUUUGGGAGGGUGCUCGUUGGAUGUGGGUCGUGGCAGAAGGCGCUGGUGUAUCUUCUCGUGAGCCAUGUUGUUACCAGCCCGUUGCACAUUCAGAUCGUCCUAUCGCAUUUCAGCAUGCCCACCGGCGACCUAGGUCCCAUCGAGUCGUUCCCGCACAGGCAAAUGCGCACCACGAGCGACGUCAUCUGCCCCGAGUCGCUCGCUUUCAUCCACGGUGGGCUCCACCUCCAGGUCACGCACCACCUCUUCCCCCGGCUCCCGCGGCACAACCUCCGCCAGGCCAGCCAGCUGGUAAAGGCGUUCGCGAAGGAGCAAGGGCUGACGUACAACGAGUUCGGGUUCAUCGACGGCAACCAUGAAGUCAUUGGGACGCUCAGUCUUGUUGCUGAGCAGGUCAAGAUUAUGGGGAAGGUGGCGAGUGUGGAGGCGAGGGAGGCGAUUGAGAAGAGGAAUGGUGCUGCGAGUGGUGGAGAGAGAUGCAGGCACCUCAAUGGAAAUGGGAAUGGUAUACACGAGAAACAGGCGUAG